UUCAAUACUUUCUACGAAUAAAAUUGGAGACAAUAAUUUGAAAUUGCGAUAGGGCAUUAAUAAUGUACCUACAAACUUUGAUACUUUUUUACGAGUUCUGGCCUUUUUUUUUUGUAUGCUGUUGGCCAUUGAGGAAAAAAUAACUAAUAAUAAUGAUGCAAAUGGUCAUGUGGCUUUAGACGAUAGUGUGAGGCAGGCUAUUGACUGUGAAUGUAAAAUUAGUCAAGGUUUUGAAGUACAAUUGAAAAUGAAGUUAUUUAGUAACGAAGGCAAUUGUGCUGCUUUAAAAAUUCUCGUUGCAGGGAAUUUUUCUGGUCGUACUGUUUCUCUUGAAUUAGUUUCCACAGAUGACGCAAGGUUCCAGGCCCCGUGCAGACUGCCCGUGCUGGAGCUGGACUCUGGCGACCGCCUGUUCUCGUGCAAUGCCGCGGCCAGGCUGCUCUGGCCACCUGGCUCAAGCUGCGAAGUGGAGGCAGACCAAUGGCUGGAGUGGGAAUCUUCCCAGUUACAGCCAGCUGUGUUGGCAGCCCUGAGCUUGGGCUCCAAAGUGGAGGCUGGAGUCAGGAAUGCGUUGUCUGCGUGCUUAGCGGAACUGAAGUCCGCCCUGGGUAGCGGAGAUUGGCUCAUAGGUAAAACUCUGAGCGUAGCAGACGUUGUGUUGUGGUCAACUUUGUACCCUGUCGUCACGGAAGCGAAACUCCAUCACGACUGGCUGGCGGGCUGCAGUACAGUUCUCGGGUGGUUCAAGCGCAUCCAAGAUGAGCCACAUGUGCAGUCCGCAGUCGAAGAGUUGAAGUUGAAGCCGGGGGUGGCGUCGCACCAGCAGAUGCUGUCGGCCGCCUGGUUCCCCUCCAGCCUCGUCGAGGAGCGGAGGUUCUCGCGCCUGCUGUCCACCGCCAGCAGCGUUGAGGGCUCUGUAAAGGAUGGUUCUAUUGCAGAGGAAGGGGGUGCUGCGAAGGAAGUCCCUGUCUCGGAGGAAGAACUGAGGUCCGCGGCAGAGGCCUGGGAGAACGGGGCAGCACGGAGGCCCAAGCCCAAACCGAGGGUUGAGCCAGUAUUGCCGGUCGCAGGAGAGCGCAAUGUGUUAGUCACGUCUGCUCUCCCGUACGUGAACAACGUCCCGCAUCUCGGAAACAUCAUCGGCUGCGUGCUUUCCGCUGACGUGUUUGCCAGAUUCUCUCGCCUGUGCAACCACAACACGCUGUACCUGUGCGGGACGGACGAAUACGGGACAGCGACGGAGACGAAGGCCCUGGAGGAGGGGCUGACCCCUCAGCAGAUAUGCGACAAGUACUUCAAGAUCCACGAGGCCAUCUACAAGUGGUUCGACAUAAGCUUCGACCUGUUUGGCCGCACCUCCACGCCGGAGCAGACCAAGAUCUGCCAGGAGAUGUUCCUCCGGCUCCGCGAGAACGGCUUCACCUCCACAGAGUCCAUGGAGCAGCUGCUGUGCGAGAGUUGCAACAGGUACCUAGCGGACAGGUUCGUGGAGGGCACCUGCCCCCUGUGCGGGUACGAGGACGCCCGCGGCGACCAGUGCGACGGCUGCGGCCACCUCAUCAACGCCACCGAGCUGAGGAGCCCGCGCUGCAAGCUGUGCCAGAGCUCCCCCGUCGUCAGGAACUCCGAGCAGUUCUUCAUCGAGCUGCCGAAGAUUGAACCUCGUCUGACGGAGUGGAUGUCCGGAGUGUGCAAUGGCUGGUCCAGUAAUGCCCGAGUGAUUGCGCGCUCUUGGCUUAAAGAUGGACUCAAGCCACGGUGUAUCACCAGAGACCUGAAGUGGGGAAUUCCUGUUCCUCUGGAUGGCUACAGAGACAAGGUGUUCUACGUGUGGUUCGACGCUCCUAUCGGCUAUCUGAGCAUAGCGAUGAAGUACACGGACAAGUGGCGCCUCUGGUGGCAGCCGCAGGAAGGCACGAAGGUGUCCCUGUACCAGUUCAUGGCCAAGGACAACGUUCCCUUCCACUCGGUGAUGUUCCCGGCCACGCUGCUCGGGGCGGACCAAGGCUACACCACCGUCUCUCACCUGAUGGCCACUGAGUACCUGAACUACGAAGACGGCAAGUUCUCGAAGAGCAGGGGCACCGGGGUGUUCGGGACGGACGCCCAGGACACCGGCAUUUCGUCGGACGUGUGGCGCUUCUACCUGCUGUACCUGCGGCCCGAGUCGCAGGACACCAACUUCAGCUGGGUGGACCUGGCCACCAAGAACAACUCGGAGCUCCUCAACAACCUCGGCAACUUCAUCAACAGGGCACUGGUGUUCGCGGACAAGUUCUUCGGAGGCCGCGUGCCGGAGAUGAGCGUGGGGGCCGGCGACCUGGCGGUGCUGGCACUGGUGACCCGCGAGCUGCGUGGCUACAUGGCCGCGCUGGAGCGCGCCAAGCAGAGGGACGGCAUCCGCCACAUCCUCAGCAUCUCGCGGCACGGGAACCAGUACAUGCAGGCCAGCCAGCCGUGGGCGCUCGUCAAGGGCAGCGACGCAGACAGGGCGCGGGCGGGCACGGUGAUAGGCGUGUGCUGCAACGUGGUGUGCCUGCUGGGCGUGCUCCUGCAGCCCUACAUGCCCGCCACGUCCCGGCUCGUUCAGGAGCAGCUGCGAGCCCCUCCGGACCUCAUGCUCAUCUGCCCGGAGGUCGCCGCGCUGCUCCCGCCCGGACACGUGAUCGGGAAGCCAUCACCACUUUUCACGAAAAUCGAGAUGGAGCAAGUUGAACAGUUGAAGCAGCGUUUCUCUGGGCAGCAAAAAUCUUCACCGGCGGCCGGCAAUGGCGCUCCUACGAUACCGGGAGCCACUGAGGCCAUUGCCAAACUAGAAGCUGCCGUGGCUCAACAGGCUGAUCUUGUGCGGAAGCUGAAGUCCAGUGCUGCCCCUAAGAGCGAGUGGCAACCUCAAGUUGAUGUUUUGCUGGAUUUGAAGAAGCAACUAGAAACUGCUAAAUCUGUCAGCAAAUCAAAAUCAGGUGCGGCCAAACCUGCGGUUGUCACCAAAGCAGUAAAUGGUGUUGAAGAGCUAGAGGCUGAAGUUUCGAAGCAGGCAGAUCUGGUGAGGAAAAUGAAGAGUAGCGGAGUGCCAAAGAGCGAAUGGCAGCCUUACGUGAACGUCUUGCUGGAUCUGAAGAAGAAGCUAGCAGCUGCGCAAAACAUUAACGGUGAUGUAACUGCCACGAACAACUGCGCAGCCCACAAUAGCGACGCAGCCAAACUGGAGGCAAAAGUGGCAGAACAGGCGGAGCGAGUGCGGAAGAUGAAGGGCAGCGGCGUGCCGAAGAGCGAGUGGCAGCCGGAGGUUGCCGUCCUGCUCGACCUGAAGAAGCAGCUGGCGACGGCGCAAGGCAUCGCCGCGGCCCCUGCGAGAAGAAAAUAGCACGGCCAAACCCUCGAACCACUACUCGACCCCGGAAAGUAUUAUGCAUUUUAUAAUGAGACUUGUUUCAAUUGCACGUGAACCGUCAUGAGCGGAGAGAUGUCGUGUAUAGCGUAUUUGGUGCUGCUGAUGUUUCGGCACAGGAGUGAUCAUUGAAUGUGUGUUGUUGCGUGGUGUGGGAUGUUUUGCUGGUGAAUGCCUCUCUGUUUGAGUGGUAUGUCAUAACUCCCUUUAAGGAUCUCACUGCAAGUAUGUACGUCAUAAUUUUUCUAAAAGGAGCUCAUUUGGUACCGCAAAUAGUCUUCUAAUCAUGUAACACAUAUUCUCUAACCUUUGACCUCAGGGCAGGUUCCUUAGCAACAAAUUUUUCUGGCUGCUAUGGGUUUGUUUGAGAGUCGAUAUUGGCUCACUAGUUUAUUUACUUGGUACAGUAAUUACUGUCGCUAAAAAUUUACUAUGUAUAGAUUUCUUUACCAAAUGGUUGUCUAGUGAUUGCUAGAGAUGUGAUAAACGUAAACAGUCAAGAAUUUUUUUAUACACAAAUUUUUUUACAGUUGAUUUCCUGCUCUACAAGAGUAUUGUAUUAAAAAUUUGGUUAACUUGUUAAAUUCGUGUAUCAUAUAAGUUAUUUGAAUUUUUUAAAUGUAUAGUGUCAGAUGUCUUAAAUUACUUUGCUAUUUAAUACUUUUAAUUAUACUCAGCAAUAAUUUAUUAGUAGGUACAUAUUUACUAAAAUAAGUGUUAGUACUCCAAAGCAAUACAAUUACGUAAGAUCAUAUACAAAUUCAAACUUCGAGAGUUCAGCCUAAAAACUACUAAACUUACUAUUUUCCAACUUAAUAGUUACCAAAAUGUUCUGAAUGUGGAUGGAUGUUCAUAUUUGACCAAAUUCUCUCUUAAAUUGUUUUUAUGGGUUGUUUUUUAUUCUUUGAUUCCAAAACAACAUUGGUAAAGAUGUAGCUGUUACAAACACAUGCACUGCAACCCUUAUUUCAGUAUAAAUUGCUUUUUUAUGUCUAUUCAGUUAAAGAGAGACUUUGUGUGUAAUAUUACUAAAUGUUAAUACAUAAUUUCAUUUGUAUGUGCAACAGCAAAGAUAAUGAUCGAUGCUGCAGGUAGUUGUGUUUGUCAAGGUGACAAAUUACAUGUCAUUUUCCUGAUUUCAUUUAAAUUUAAAGCUUUACUAUUUAUCAAUAAUAUGCUCAGAGAAAGAGAGAGAGCGAGAGAGAGACAAUAAUUUGAUUUAUGUAAAUUGGUAAGUGGCAUGUAGUUCCAGCUUUUGUUUGGAAAUAGAAAUCGGAAUGGCUGGGUCCAAUGUGAUAUUGCUUCAUUUCCCUUGGUAGCAUAACAAAAAAUAUAUAUCAGUUUAUGUAAAUCAUUCCUUCUGUGAAACCUACAGAAAAAUUUUCAAAAAAGGUUUUUUGUGAUUUUAAAAUAGUUUUAUGCUGAGUCUUCUUAAAUAUCCAUGCUGCAGUACAUAUGAACUUUAAUCACAUGUUUGUAAAGUUAGCAUCCUGUUACCUAAAUAAAUUUGUUUGUAAAAUCAUUAUUUUUAACAGUACAAUGUUAUUUUUUUUUCUUUUGAAAACUUAAUAUUUAAGUAUGAUGAUAAAAUUGUUAUGUUUUAUCUUUUAUGUUCAAAAUUAACUUUGAUUAUCCCUCAUAAUUUAAGAAAUGUGGUUUUAGUAAAAUGUUUUUGCUAUUAAAAUUGUAAUUUUUUUUUAUUUAAAUUCUAACUCAUAACUAUGUGGUUUAUUCUGUAAUUUCAUUUUUUGUGGUCUUUAAAUUUUGUUAUUUGGUUGGCAGUAUUUUUAUUAUUGUUAUUGUUUUUGUAAAUUUAGGUGGCAAUGAUUCCAUUAUAAAUGGUAGUUCAUUUAGAUGUUUAAAUAUGAAACAAACAAUUAUUAAUUUGCUAAAAGCUGUGAACUGAAUUAAUGAAAACUAAUAUUUUUUUGGCAUAUUAUUUAUUGUUAUUGAGUAUCCUAUAAAGUGACAGUGUAAAAUGAAUGGUAAUAAAAUAUCUGGACCCGU